ACAACGUCAAAGUCAAAAAUGCAGCGGGAAAUGAAAGUUGGUUAAGGAUUCUCAAGAACAGAAUAUUUUGGUUUUGUUUUAUUUUUUAUUUUAUCAUAUAGUUAUAUUUUUAAAAUACUAUGUGCACUCUAUGUUUUAACUAAAGAGAUGGAUUUGUUGGAACCAGAACUUCAAAAAACAUAUGACAAAUGCAAAUAUAUUGUAAGAGUAUGGGAACACCGUUUUCAGAAAAAAUAUAAAAGAGUUCCUUCAAAGCUCGAUAUUAAAGAAGCAAGCAAAGAAGUUAGACGUGCUUAUAGUAGAUACUUUCAAUUAAAAUCUUCUAUACUUGAACAAAGUUUUAAAGGUGUAGAUGGGUUUGACGAUGUUGAAAGUGAAAACGAAAAUAUUGGAAAAGAGCCGCAAACUAAAAGUGAGACAAAAUGUACAUUAAAUGCAGAAAUUAAAGAAGACCCCCCUACAAAAAAUUAUAUUGAAGAAUUUGUUCAAAGUGAGGAAGCAUGGGGUGUCCAUAUAACUAAUAAACAAAAUGUUGAGAAAAUUGAAGAAGAGAAACCAAACUUAAACUUGACUAUCACUAAAAAGUUGUUUUGUGGCUCGAAGUUUAGUAAAAGAAAUCCAAGAAAAUCAUUAUCAGCAUCUCAGAAAGUUAAAAAUGAAAAAACUACAUUAUCACAACCUUUACCUUCAUUUUCUAGUUUUUCUAGUGAAGAAGCCUUAAAUAUUCUGCAAAAUGAAAAUUCUGAAAGUUCUUUUAUGUGUGUAAAUUAUACACAAGGAACGCUGUCCCAGCCUCUUAACGCUAUGCAAAUGUUUAUUGAAGGUUCCCAAACCAGAUCUUUAAAAAGUGUAGAUGAAGGUUGGUUAAGGAGAGCUGCUCAAUUCACAAGUGAACUACAAGAAAUAGACGACUUUUCUGUGAAAGAUGAUGUUAAAGUUGAAUCUACAAAAUUGGAUUAUAACAGUGAUGAUGUUAUUGAAAAUUCUGACGAAGAAGAACAUUCUUCUAAUUAUCUUUCAUCACUUCACAUUGCUAAGAAAAGAAAAGUUCUUUCUCAAACUCUAGAAACAAGUAAUAGAGAAGAUAACACAAAAGAUAAAAUUAAUAAUACAGAAAAAGAUAUUGUUGUUAUAAAUCAACCAGUAUUAGAUAGAGAUAAUGUGAAUGAUAUUAUUAAUAAUACAGAAAAAGAUAUUGUUGAUAUAAAUCAACCAGUUUUAGAAGACAAUAAAGGAGAUGUUGAAAUAAUGGAAAAAACAGAAUUUCAAGAACUACCUGAGCAAAUACAAGAUGUGUCAAGUACUAGCAUUUUAAAAAAUAAUGUGGAAAUAAGUCCUCAAAUACAAGUUACACCUAGCAAAAAUCUACGCAAAAAGAAGGAAAAACCAGUAGAUAAUGCAGUUGAUACAAAACAAACUUUAGCAAACUCUAGUUCGUCUAGUGAUUCACCGAUCAAAAAUGUACGCAAAAAGAAGGAAAAACCAGUAGAUACUGUAGUUGUUACAAAACAAACUUUAGCAAACUCUAGUCCGCCACCUAGAUUAUUAAAAAAGAAUAACAGAAAUAUAAAAAAGACACCUAAAAAUAAAUCAAAAACACAAAUGCCAACUCCUCCUUUAACACCACAAAGAAUAUCUGCAAGAAAAAAUAAGCUUAAAGUCAACUUACAAGAGUUUUCUAGUGGAGAAGAAGAUGCAUUUUUAACAGACACUGAUGACAAAGAUCCACCAUUUGAUCCGGAAAAAGAUAAAAAGAAAAGAGCCCCAUUUUAUAUUUCUACAGAUGAGGAUAAUGAAAUAUCUCCUAAAAAAGCUUCUAACACUAAGAAAAAGGAAAAAACCGUUCCAUCUUCUGUUGCUGUUACUAAAAGGGGUAGAAAGAAGAAGGAAAAAGAAGAAAAAGGAAAUGUUGAUGAGCUAGAAAAUGAUGAUAAUACUCCUUAUGACUUAGAAUUUUCUAUUAAACCUCGUGUCGUUGCACCUAGAUAUGGAAGCAUUAAAAACAUUUUAUCACAAAAUAAUGUAAGAAAAGGAAAAAAAUCAGUGACCCAAAAGGAUGUUGAUGACACACAAGAUAAUAAUGUUAAAAUAAAAGGUAAGCAGCAGCAAGCCAAAGAAAAACUACAACAAAAAAUAUCAUCUGGAAGUUUAAAUGACAACUUUGUUCGAAUAAACAUGAAGAAGAAAGUGUUUGUCAGAGGAAAAAGUAAAUUUAAUUUGAGCAAAUACAAAAAAACCCAAUAUAAAAAGGCAAAAUCUCUUGCUGGACCUGACAUGUAUAUGGGUGGUUGUGAUGGUGGAAUGGAGACUUGCUUUACAUGUGGCCAAGUUGGUCAUUUUGCCCAGAAUUGUAAAGCGAUGAAAGGUGACUCUUUGCUACCUUUAGAUGCGAAUAUAGAAGAAGAAUGUCCCAUACCAACACUGGAAGAAGCUUCAAAAAUGGCUCAAGAAGGAAAUUUGAACAUCAGAAAACCAAAAAUAGCUUUGAAAGAAAUUCAGAAUUCUGAUUCAGCAGAAAAUGUACAAGAAGAAGAUUCUUGUUUUGACGACGAGUUUGAUUCAGAACAAUUAUUACUGGAGACUGUGAAGCUUGAAGAACAUGUUAAGAAGUUGGAUGUUCAAAUGUAUAUGGAUAAUGUUAAAGUUGUGGAACCAUAUUACAAAUUGAAUGAAGACGGCAGUGUUGUUGACACACCUCCUGAAGUGUUUGAAACCCUAAGAAGAUUCGGCCAUUCCUCUUUCCGUCCUGGUCAAGAAGAAGCAGUAAUGCGCAUUUUAUCUGGACAAUCUACAUUGGUAACUUUAAGUACAGGUUCUGGAAAAAGUUUGUGUUACCAAUUGCCUGCUUUUCUUUAUUCUCAAAGAGAACCUUGUAUAUCUUUAAUCAUAUCGCCUCUGGUGUCACUGAUGGAUGAUCAGAUUGUGGGCAUUGCUAAAUUUAUGAAGGCUGCUUGUCUUCAUUCCAACCAAACAGCUGUGCAGCGGAAGAAGAUUUUAGAAGCGAUAUCUUUGGGAGAAUUAAGUAUUUUAUUGGUGUCACCAGAAGCUGUUGUUUCGGGAGAAAAGCAGAAAGGAUUUAAUUCAUUUUUGCGCAAGCUUCCCCCAAUUGCUUUCGCUUGCAUUGAUGAAGCUCAUUGCGUGUCACAAUGGUCUCAUAAUUUCCGUCCAAGUUACCUAAUGAUUUGUAGGGUAUUGAGAGAAAGUCUCGGAGUCAAAACGAUCCUGGGUCUAACGGCAACUGCUACGAAAGCUACACAGUCCAGUAUCAUACAACAUCUGCAAAUUCCAGAUGGUGAAGAUGGAGUUAUAAGCGACAUUCCUCUGCCGGAUAAUUUACAUCUUUCGGUUUCGAAGGAUGUUAACAGAGAUAAUGCCUUGAUGGAGUUGUUGUUGUCUGAUAGAUUCAAAGACUGUAAAAGUAUUAUUGUGUACUGUACGAGAAGGCAGGAGUGUGAGAGGAUUGCCGGAUUUUUAAGAACGUGUCUUAAAGGGGAAGAACCAGUAAAUAACAGUAAUACCAAGAAACGGAAGCGGAUGAACCUUCAAGCUGAACCGUAUCACGCAGGUUUGUCGGCGUCUCGUAGAAGGACUAUACAGAACGCCUUUAUGUCUGGACAACUGAGAAUAGUAGUGGCGACGGUUGCAUUCGGUAUGGGCAUCAAUAAGUCUGAUAUUAGAGCUGUGAUACAUUACAAUAUGCCUAGUAGUUUCGAGAGCUAUGUGCAAGAAGUCGGAAGAGCCGGCAGAGACGGUUUAAAAGCUCAGUGUCAUGUAUUUUUGGAUUCUAAGGGAGGAGAUGAAAACGAACUUCGCCGUCACAUUCAUUCCAAUUCUAUCGAUCAUCACGUGAUUAGAAAACUUUUAGAAAGAAUCUUCAUACCUUGCGGCUGUAAAGGACAAUGUCCGAAACAUGAAGUAGCAUUUUCGAUAGAAGCGAUUGUAAGAAGUUUGGAUAUUCCAGAAGAAAACAUUGCUACUUUAUUGUGCUAUUUGGAGCUUCACAAAAACAAAUACAUUGAACUUCUCAGUCCUGCAUAUACGACGUGCAAGGUUAUUUCUUACACAGGACCAUUACAAAUUCGAAAAGUGGCCAAAGAUUGUCCACCCUUAGCUAUGGCGUUAGCUCUUCAUAAAAACGACGAAAAUAAUUCAAACAUUUUGGAAUUUCCAAUAGUGGAUGUCGCCUCAGCCAUGGGAUGGGAGAGUGGAAUUUGCAAAUACAAAUUAAAGAAUUUGGAAUGGACUACUGUAAACAACCAACCGAAGCGGUCAUCCAUAAACGUACAAUUUUCCAAUUUGGGCUUCAGACUUUUCGCUCCAGGAAAUCUCGAAGGUGAUCAAUUGGACGAAGCUUUAGAAACCCUUUAUAAUCGAGUGGUGGAACAAGAAAGGACCGCUUUACUUCAGUUAAACGCCAUUCAUCAGACUUUGUUAAAGGUGGCCAAAUCAUCCUUUAAAGCUUGUACAUCAGAAGACGGUGAUGCUUUGAUAAAAACCAGAGUGAGAGAAUAUUUUAAUUCUCCAAAUCCGUUGGAGUUAGUUUCCGAAAUCAAGUAUCCCAAACUUGAUGAAGAACGGCUGAUCCAGGACAUACAUUGUCUUAUUAGCAUGUACAGGGAUAACAGCUUUACUGGUAGAGCUGUAGCUAGAAUUUUUCAGGGUAUUCAAAGUCCGAACUAUCCUGCUCGGAUGUGGGGUCGGUGUAAGUUCUGGAGAAGUCAUUUGGAUAAAGAUUUUCACGCGAUUGUUAAAAUUGCUGCUAAAGAAAUAGUCAAAUUGAGGUAAAUGAAUUUAUAUUAAAAAAAAAUAUUCUUUUAAAUAAAUAACGCAUAGUGUGAUUCUAUUUAUAUUUUAUAACAUGCAUUUUAUUAGAUAUUAAAUAUGUUAUUCUCU